GUGCCUUGAUAUGACAAUGUUUCAAAAAUUUGUAACUUUUGUCCUGCUCGUUUAUGUCUCGAAUGGGGCAUUAAUAUAUCGAGAUGAUAUCGACACACUGGUAGAUUAUGUAAAUAAUUAUAUUAAUUAUACAAAUUACUAUACAUUGCCCACAGACAAUUCUGAUUCUUUAACUGUUACUGAUGAUCAUAUUUAUGAAUAUGGCUCCUACGAUUUCAUUGUCGUCGGCGGAGGUACGGCGGGAUCACUCCUGGCCAGAAGAUUAAGCGAAAUUUCAGACUGGAAAGUAUUGGUACUAGAAGCAGGUUCGGACGGCAACCAAUUUACAGAUAUUCCUUUUAUGAAUCUCUAUACAAGAAAUUCCGAGUUUAAUUGGGGUUAUAAAACAGUACCACAAAACAAAAGUUGUUUGGGAAUGGCAAACAAACAAUGCGUUUAUCCCACAGGAAAAGGUCUAGGAGGAACAUCAAUUAUAGGAGACAGUGUGUAUGCAAGAGGAAACAGAGCAGAUUUUGACCAAUGGGAAGGAUUAGGUUUAGAUGGUUGGGGUUACGAUGACCUUCUUCCAUAUUUUAAGAAGACUGAAAAAAUUGAAUUACCAGACUAUGAAAAAGAUUACCAUGGUACCGAUGGAUUACUUCGAGUCAACUAUACAUACCCCAACCCCUUAGAUUAUGAUGCAUACUUAAAGGCAAGUCAAUUGUCGGGUCUAAACAGCCUUGAUUAUAACGGAAAAAAUCAAAUCGGUAUCUCCAAAUUCCAAUGGACUAUAGCCUUCAACACCAAAGUUACAGCAGGGAAUGCCUUCCUCACACCAAUUCUAAAUACACAGAAUAACUUAAAAGUUGUGCUGAAUGCAUUUGCUACUAAUCUUAUUUUUUCUAACUUAAAAGCUACAGGAGUGCAAUUUGUUAAAGAUGGAAAGCUAUACAAAGCUCACGCUAGUAGGGAAGUAAUCCUUUCAGCCGGACCAAUCAACAGUCCCCAACUUCUUAUGCUUAGUGGUGUGGGACCUAAAGACGAAUUGAAAGAAUUAGGAAUAGAAGUAGUUAAAGACUUGCCUGUUGGAGUUGAAUUAGUAGAUCAUCCAGUUUACGUUGGAUUGUAUAUAAGAACAAAUCUUACUGCAGAUCCUGGUACUGUCAAGUCUAACUUAGAGCUUUGGGAAAAAGGUUUAGGAUAUUACACUACCGUUUUUUCAGCUGACAAUAUUGCUUUCAUUAAUACCAAAAACCCAGGAGUCGAACCACCCAAUGUUGAACUCCUAACUAUAAACAAUCCGACCAGUGUACCACCAGCUACUUUCUACAAUCUCAAUGACAACUACACCUCUGUAUUUUCAACAUUUAAUACGUUAACUGAUUUCUUGGUGUACUGCAUAAACUUAGAACCAAAGUCCAGGGGUUGGUUAAAACUAAAAUCGAAUAAUCCCGCUGAUUUUCCACUUAUAAAUCCCGCUUAUUUAUCAGACACUAACGACGAAGACAUUCAGGUUCUCUACGAAAGUAUCCAGUUCAUAAUAAACCUCACCAAAACUGAACCACUUCAAGCUGUAAAUGCAACUGUGGUUGCUCAAGCUCCUGAUUGCGAGCACUUAAGAGAAGAAUCAGAAAAGGAUUAUUGGUACUGUGCUAUCCGCUCCCUCACUUCAACUCUUUACCAUCCUGCAAGUACAACUAAAAUGGGAACUAGUGACUCUAACUCCGUCGUUGAUGUAAAUAUGAAAGUUCAUGGUAUUUCGAGCUUAAGAGUAGUGGAUGCAGGAUCGAUGCCCAAGCUUGUUCGAGGUCAUCCAUUGGCGGCUAUUUGGGCCAUGGCUGAAAAGAUCGCUGAUGCUAUUAAAGAGGAGCAUUUAAUAUAAUGAAAGUUUUAAAUUAAAAUAAAUAAAACUUAUUAAAAUAAGCUU